GGGGCAGCACGUUGGGGUGCGCGCUACUUAAGGUCCUGCUGCGUGAGCCAUUGACGUGUUUGGAGUUGGAGUCGGCCCGGACGCGGGCGGAGUGGCGGCGAGGGUGAAGCCAGGUAUGCCCUUUCACCUGUUUCACGGUUACACGCUGACCUGCGGCCACCACGGAAGGCAGUGCGGCCUGAGAUUCGCAUCCCUCCGGUUUUCUGCUUGACCUCCCUAUUCCGUCCGUGUCCUCAUGAAAGUGGUGGAGCCUUGUAACAUUGUGUACUGCUGAACCUUGGGAAAUACAAAGACAUAAGAUGCCUAUGGUGACACGACGACUGAGAGAUCCUGACAUAAACCCUUGCUUGUCGGAAUCUGAUGCUUCUACCAGAUGUAUGGAUGAAAAUAACUAUGACAGGGAAAAGUGUUCCAUCUACUUCUUGAAGUACAAAAACUGCCGGAGAUUCUGGAAUUCUAUCAUGAUCCAAAGAAGACAGAAUGGGGUGCAACCAUCCAUGCCUACAGCAGCAGAAAGAGAUGAAAUUUUGGGAGCCAUGGGAAAGAUGCCUUAUUAAAUGUUUGGAUUAAAAUUGUUUAUAUAACUUGAA